AUGUUGUCUCAGAGAGCUCAGAGCCUAGCCGCGGGGACCACGUUCAACGAGAUGUGGGAUGUCAUCAAAGACGCAUGGCACAGAGACGACAACGCCGGCGGACAUGUGAACCUGGGCGUGGCGGAAAACAAUCUAAUGCGAGCGGAGCUUGAGCAGUACGUCGUGGAACACGUGCAGAUGGCGGGCAGCAACGCGACGUACGACGACGGGCCGGUGGGCAGCGCACGGCUGCGGGCAGCCCUGGCCAGCUUCCUGAGCGCGCAGCUGCAGACGGCGCGGCGGCUGGAGGCGGGCCAGAUUGUGGUGACUAACGGCGUGUCUAGUGCGCUCGAGCAUGUCGCCUGGGCGCUCGCAGAUGCAGGCGACGUCUUCCUGCUGGGCCGGCCGUACUAUGGCGAGGCAACGCUGGGCCUGCGCCCGGGCGUGCGCACCGUGGCCGUCACGUUUGGGGCAACGGACCCGUUCAGUCGCACGGCAGUUGGGUGCUACGAGGAGGCGCUGGUGCGCGCCCAGGCGUCCGGCCUUGUUGUCCGUGGCCUACUGUUGUGCUCGCCACACAACCCCCUCGGCCGCUGCUAUUCACGCGAGGUGCUGUGCGCCCUGGCCGCGCUGUGCGCAAAGCAUGGGCUGCAUCUCGUCAGCGACGAGGUCUACGCACUCUCCGUCUGGCGCGAGCCCCGCUUCACGUCGGUGCUGUCGCUGCCGCUCCAUGGCGUUAUUGACGCCGCCCGCGUGCACGUCGUCUGGGGCAUCUCCAAGGACUUUGGCGCCAACGGAUGGCGGCUAGGCUGUCUCGUGUCGCCUGCCAACCCCGGCCUGCGCGCUGCCGUGGCUGCCGCCGGCGUCUACUCGUACCCGUCCUCCCUCACCGACCAUGUCGUUGCGCAGAUGCUCGAGGACCACGCCUUCACCACGGCCUAUCUGCACGAGAGCCGCCAACGCCUGCAAGCCGCAUACACACUGGCCGCUAGCCUCCUCCGCCAGCACGCCAUCCCCUUCGCCACCAGCACCCACGCCGCCCUCUUCGUCUGGGCCGACCUGGGCCAGGCAUAUCGCCGCCGCAACCCGCGCCACUCCGACAUGGACGACAGCGCUGUAGCGGACAAGCUAAGAGAAGCACUGUACAGGCAAAAGGUCUAUCUGGCAUGGGGCGGCAACUUCGACAGCGAGGCGCUGGGCAUGUUCCGCAUUAGCUUUGCGCACCCAGCCGACUACAUGCAAGAAGGCUUCCGGCGCAUUCAUCAGGCACUGUCCCGCUCCUGCUCCCGCUCCCGCUCCCGCCUUGGAUUAACCCGGCUUUAG